CCGAGCAAGCGGGCAUGGCGGCCUGCGUUGUAGGGGGCUGCGGGGUCCCAAUGGGCCUGGCCCAGCGCUUCCAAGCCGCCAGGACACUACUCCGUGCGUCGGCCUCUGUCGCCUGCCGGGUCGGCGCGGCGCCGGGCCGGCAGCUGAGCACGGGGCCUUCCGAGCCUGGCGCGUUCCAGCCGCCGCCGAAACCGGUCAUCGUGGACAAGCGCCACCCCUCGGCCCCGGAAAGGAGGUUCUUGAGUCCUGAAUUCAUUCCUCCAAGGGGAAGAACAAAUCCUCUGAAAUUUCAAAUAGAAAGAAAAGAUAUGUUAGAAAGGAGAAAAGUACUCAACAUUCCAGAGUUCUAUGUUGGAAGCAUACUUCGUGUUACUACAGCUGACCCAUAUGCCAGUGGAAAAGUCAGUCAGUUUCUGGGAAUUUGCAUCCAGAGAUCAGGAAAAGGACUUGGAGCUACUUUUAUCCUUAGGAAUAUUAUUGAAGGACAAGGUAUUGAGAUUUGCUUUGAACUUUAUAAUCCUCGAAUCCAGGAGAUCCAAGUGGUCAAAUUAGAGAAACGGCUGGAUGAUAGCUUGCUAUACUUACGAGAUGCUCUUCCUGAAUAUAGCACUUUUGAUGUGAAUAUGAAGCCAGUAGCACAAGAGCCUAGCCAAGAAGUUCCUGUUAAUAAGCUGAAAGUAAAAAUGAAGCCCAAGCCCUGGUCCAAACGCUGGGAACGUCCGAAUUUUAAUCUUAAAGGAAUCAGAUUUGAUCUUUGUUUAACUGAAGAACAAAUGAAAGAAGCUCAGAAGUGGAGUAAACCUUGGCUUGAGUUUGAUAUGAUGAGGGAAUAUGAUACUUCAAAAAUUGAAGCUGCAAUAUGGGAUGAAAUUGAAGCAUCGAAAAAGUCCUGAGAAUGAAUUUGAUUAUUUGCAGAGGAUAUAUUGAUUCUCAGAGGAUUUAUUUUGAGGCCAAUUUAAUUUCAUUUAUAAGAACAUAAUCAUUAAAUGAAUAAAUAUUCCUUAUUUUAUUAGUACUUAUAGUGGAUUGAAUUAUGUCUCCCCAGAACUCCCUGAAGCUUGAAUUGUGUCCCUCAAGUUUUAUGUAUUAAAAGCUUAGCCCCCACUGUGACUGUUAAGAGGGUGGGAAAUCCUAUUAUGGUAAUUGAAAGGUGGAGCCUUGAAGGGGUGAGUGGAUUAUAGGACCAUGCAGUAGUGAGUGGAUUAAAAAUGAUGGUCAGGGGUGUGGUUCUGAGGGCUUUAAAAGAAGAGAGUCUGUCUGGCUCUCCCUGCUCUCUCUGCUUCCACCAUCUUGCAAUGUGAGACUUCUGGGUCACUGUUGCAGCUACCAGAUGGACUUUGGACUUCUCAGUCUCAGAAACUGUAAGCAAUAAAUUUCAUUUUCUUUAUAAAUCACCCAGUCUCAGGUAUUCUGAGAUACAAAAAAGGACUAAUACAGUACUUUAAAAAAUAAAAUUAGUAUACUAGUUUAUUACUCUGAGAAGAGAAAUACACAUGCUAAAUGGCCUCAUGUCCUUUCCCUUACUGGAGGCAAAGCUACUAUCGAAUCAAAGUGUCACCAGAAUGUUCUCCAGUGAGCAUGGAAUCUGAGCAAGGGGAGUGGGUGGGAUGAUUUUUGUUUUAAUAGUGAAAUAAAUCAUAAGUAUAGAACAACGUAUGAUUUAAAGAAUAAUAAAGUGAUCAUUCAUACACCCACCACCAUGUUAAGAAACAGAAUAUUAAAUAAGAUCUAAGAAGACUCCUGUUUAUAGUCGUAU